AUGAAACAACAUACAAUUAUUAUUAUUUUCACUAUCAUUGCUUUAUCAGCAGUCGCAAUAUCACUUCUUGCUUAUUUUAUAAGUCAUUCGAAAAAACAUGAAUUUGCACCAAUUAGUACAUUGAACACAACAACAAUUUCUAAUGGUAGUAAUAAUAGUCAAGUGACAAAUAGUUUUACUACAAAAACAAAUCAAUUCAACAAUCCAACAACAAGUACAUCAUACGCAGUAAAAGACUCGACGUCAAAUACACUGAUAACGGCCUCAACAAAGAAUGCUCAAAUACAAUCCACUUUUCAAACAACAAAUAUAGAUACUACAGGACAAAAGAUAAUAACGUCUGGUAAUGCUCAAACAUCAAUCUUCAUAACAAGCACAAUGAAAUCUAGUCUUUAUACAACGUUGGCGAGCAGUACGAAGCAAGAUGUGGGAACAACUGAUACAAAUCAAUUAACAAUGACAAAUAAGCAAGAUGGAAUAAUAAGUACAAAUCAGAACACUGCUGGAACAAUAGGUAUUGUAGAAACUAUAACAGAGUUGAUGAAUAUUACAAUGGGCCAAACAGCAGUUGUAUCUUCCACAUCACUUACAGGUGUAACAACAACAACAGUGAAGGCAGAUAUGUCAACAACAAUGGGAAUAGCCAGUACGCAAGUUACAAAUAAUCCAUCAUUUAUGCAAAUCACUAGCACAAUGAUGAAUAAUCACGUUCAAACAUCGACUUCUACUCAAUCAGUCUUUUGGAAUAUGGAUCAACCACUUAACAUUGGACGAUCUAUCUUUGGAAGUGCAUUAUUAGCAAAUGGACAAGUUCUUGUAGCUGGAGGUUAUACUAAUACUAGUUCAGGAAUUUCACAGACUGAAGUUUAUACAUCAACCGGAUGGCAAUUUGCAACUUCGAUGAAUGCACCACGUUCUAAUCACACUGUUACUGCUUUUGCAAAUAAUACUAAAGUAUUAGCCGUUGGUGGUAACAGUACAUCCGGUUUCCAAACUGCCGAAGUAUAUGACAUUGUAAACAAUACAUGGAUAUUUACAUCAACCAAUAUGUCAAGUCCUCGUAUCAGACACACAGCUACACUACUCGGAAAUGGACAAAUACUCAUUGCAGGUGGAUCGAACGUUUUAGGUAUAAGUAUAUCUGCAGCCGAGCUUUAUAUUCCAUCAUCAAACUCAUUUAUUAACACAACUAAUAUGAAUACAGAACGACGUUCUUUUACAAGUACACUUCUUAGUGAUAGAUCAACUGUACUUGUUACAGCAGGUGCUAAUGCUGCUGGUACUCUCCUUAAAACAGCAGAGCUCUAUAUUAAUGGCUCUUGGAUUCUUCUACCCAGUAUUAUGACUCAACAUAGGUCUCAUCAUGCUGCUGUAUUAUUAAAUGAUGGAACUGUAUUAAUUGCAGGUGGUGGUAGCAGUACACCAAAUGCGUAUUCAAAUGCUGAGAUUUAUGAUCCAACAACACAACAAUUUACAGCUGUUGGAUCAAUGCAGUAUCGUCGAGCAGCAUUAACACUUACACUUCUACCAUCAGGUAAAGUAUUAGCAACUGGUGGCGGUGAUUGGACAGCAGGUGCAUAUCCACUCGUAUGUGAAUUAUAUGAUCCUGUAACAAGAACUUGGUCAAAUACUACUAUGUUGAAUUAUGGCAGAAGUUAUCAUCAAACAGUUUUACUAAAUAAUUAUGUAUUAACUACUGGUGGUUAUGAUGGAAACAAUAGAAUUGCUACUUCUGAAAAAUACAAUUUAUGA